UCUGCUGCCAUAGCAAUACCAAAGAGGGCAUCACACCAAGCGGUUACUAGGAGGUCACAAUACAUAGCUGAUCUUUUGGAUAUUUCCUUGCUUGGACAAAUGACUUUAAUCCCCUAUAAUACCGGGAAUCAUUGGGUGUUGGUCGCCAUCGACAUGGCGGCUGAAACGAUUUACUACCUAGAUUCCUUGGGAGGAAUUCCAUCGAAGGAUUUGGAGGAAAUCAUGAAUCAAGGGGUGACGAUUAAUCAUGCCCAGAAAUCCAAGAAAAGGUUGAAUUUAAAAUGGGUGAGAGUGAUGUGCCCUAAGCAAACAGGAGGAGUUGAGUGUGGUUGCUUUGUGAUGAAGUACAUGAAGGAUAUUGUAUCUGACGUGAAUCGUUUGAAAUAGAAUUUCUCUACCGUCAAGGAGUAUACCGAAGAUGAUAUUUUACAAGUGCGUGAGGAGUGGGCUUUGUAUGCUGCUACUUUGAUAAAAAAUGUGCAAGCGGAUCCUACAAAGGCUUGAUGAUAUGCACGGGGAGAUGCAUUUCUGAUUAUUGUUGAUGGCGGUUAGAAUGGUCGGUGUUAUGUUAUGUUUGUAGAAUGUAGAGGCAGGUCAAACUUUUGAUAACUAAACAUUGGUACCUGUUGGGAAUGUGACUUGUUUGUAUUUUAGCAUCUUCAAUGAUGCUUGGUAGUAGUUUUUUUGCUGAAUUUCAAUAGCCGGUUUUUUGCGGGAAUAUUGCAUGCU